ACGAAAGCAAGAGGGAUAUUCACUGUGGACUUCAUGGAUGAGAGAAAGGAGCAUUUUCAUGGCACAAUUGAUUUUUGCUAAUUCUUUCCUCACAAUGUUGAAGUUUAUGGCUUGUUUCUCGGCAUCAGAACUGUGACGCGUGAUACACACCGACGGCUGGACUAACGUUACAUUUCUUAAAGUGUAGCCUAUUAAUAACUGUGGGAGCCCGGGGCAGGCUAUAUAUUGCCGUUUUAAUCGUAUUUUUGUUUUUAAGUGAGUUCUUAUUUACAUAAACGCCCCUAAUUGUUUCUUAAUCACAGAUAUUGUGUAUUAAAAGUCACUUUUAUUUGUGACCUCUCGCGCCUUCUGGAAUUACAGUGGAUUUGACAUCAUUUUGAAGCGUUGCCGAGCCUCACAAGCGAUGUUCAACUUUCCUCUGAGAUUCUACACACAGCUGUGCGAACUGAGGCUUAUUUAGACGGAACACACAUCCACGACCACCAGACUGCUUUUAACAACAAACACUUGUGGCGCGGAACUACAAAUCUGUGAGUUUUUAUGGGAUGGCACUUCGAUAAUUUUUAACGUUCGAGGCGCUUGUCAGACACUUCAGAAGGCGUAUAAAACCCACGAAACAUACCGUGACUGUCAAGAUGACAACGUUUAGUAACUGCACCGAGGGAGAGACUCGUUUUGAGAUGCUUGGAGGGGGAAACAUCUAACCGCUAACGUUACCCUGUUUCUUGUUUUUGAAGAGAUGAAUGCUGCGUUUAUCGUCCUGUAGACCGUAAGGAAGAUUUGUCGGUGGAAAAACACCGACCCGUUCCCUUCUCCAUCCCCGACCAACUUCAGAGGAACUGAAGAUGCUGCGUCUCAGCCCAGCUGGGCUCAUGUUGUUCAUGCUCUGCAGAGUCAUCGACAGUCGGAUGCUGAUGGAAGGACUGCAGAGAUUUGGUGCCAUCCCAACUUAUCUUCCAGUCCGAUACCAGGUGCUGAACGCAGAGUCUGCCUUCUUCCUGAAGGAGGCCAACCAGGACAUCAUGAGGAACUCCAGCCUGCAGGUUCGUACAGAACUUUUCUUCAUCCAACAAGCCAGAAAGACGCCGUCGGUCAAUGCCAGUUACGGGCCACUGUAUGUAGAACAACCUGUGCCUGCGGAGCUUCUGGGCCCGGGACUUUUCAACAACCCCUCAUCCACGUCACCAUCCUCCACUUCCUCUCCUCUCUUUAGUUUUAACUGGAAAGUGCAGACUUUUAUUAUUAGUGAGCGAAUCCAUCCAAGCUGGCCAAAGGUUCAGGUUCUCUUCUAUGUUGUGGGCCGGGACUGGGAUGACUACAGUGCUGUGGACAAGUUGCCGUGUGUCAGGAUGUUUGCCUUCCACGAAACCCAAGAGGUACGGGGCACCUGUCGUCUAAAAGGGGAACUCGGACUGUGCGUGGCUGAACUGGAGCCCCUGCCUAGCUGGUUCAGUCCCCCUAGUGUCAUACCAGGUCGACAGAGAUCUCCCGAGCUGGUUGAAGGCACUCCCGUGGAGCUGUAUUACAUGCUACAGUCCACCGACACUGGGGAAUGCAGCUCGGAAGACUCCCGCAAGACUAAUUCCAUCCGCACUGGACAGCUGGGCCCUGCCGGGUACUUCUCAGGGCCCACACCUAUGCGCAGGAUUGGCAGCGUACGCCUAUUCCAACCGCUCUCUGAACUGCGUUUGGACAGUAACUUUGUGGUGAUGGUUCCCUCCAGACCCAUCAGGCAGAGGGAGACCGUAUCAGCCUUCCUAGCAGUCUCUACCCUUUCAUCAGUAGAGAUCUUCACUUUAAGGGUCAAGUUGAAGGAUGGUGUGGCAUUUUUGGGAGCGAGGGCCAGCAACCCUGUUCAGUGGACAGUUAGUCAAGACGUCAGGAGCGAGGGACACAGAGUGGUCACGCUGCACUGUCGCAGGAAGGAAGCCAACUUCGGAAAAAGGGUGGAGGCCGGUUUCCAGAAAGUUCUUCAGGUGGAUCUGGAGGUCAACGGGUUGUUGGAUCCUCUGGGAAGUCGCUCAGCGACAUGGCAGAUCGAGUACCCCAUCUCCCGAACCCUUUCGGAUGAGAUCCAGACACUCAUCCGUCUGGCACCACAUGACCUCGGUGGAAUCGUCCCAUUGGCUAUGGAGACAGAGAUCCUUAACACCGCAGUGCUCACUGGAAAAACUGUUGCCAUGCCAGUGAAGGUGGUCACUGUUGGAACCGAAGGUACUGUGACCGAUGUGACAGAGUCGGUGGAAUGUCGCACAACGGAUGAGGACGUGGUUAAGGUGUCCGAAAGGUGCGAUUAUGUGUACGUCAAUGGCAAGGAGACGCGUGGGAGGGUGAGGAUGAUGGUGAACUUCACCUACAGUUACCUCAGCGCUCAGCUGGAGAUGAGCGUAUGGAUGCCACGACUCCCCCUGCAGAUCGAGAUGUCCGAUCCAGAGCUGAGCCAGAUCAGGAGCUGGAGAGUUCCUGUAGACGCUGCCAACCAGAGGUCUAGAGAGGAUGAUGGGGAUGAAGGAGCCAAGAAGGAUCGGAGCUGUGGUCCACAGUACCAGAGCACCACCGUCCGUGUUCUCACCCACUUUGAGGCAGAGCCAGAAGAACUGCAGGACCAGCCAGACUUCCUCUUGGGCAGUGACUGGCAGGUGGACGUGACAGAGUUGGUGAGAGACUCUUUAAGGGUGGUGGAUGAACGAGUAGCCAAGCUGUCAGAAGAACAGGUCCUCAUCGGUCUGAACCAAGGCAUCACCAAGGUUCAGGUGAUGUCCCCAUUGUCAGACUCGGCUCUGGCUGAGAGGAUGAUCCAAGUUCUGGAUGAUAAAGUCAGUAUUACGGAGCUGGGCGUGCAGCUGGUUUCUGGCCUUUCCUUGAACCUUCAACUCAGCCCAGGAAGUAACAGGGCCAUCGUGGCCACGGCUACCACACAGGAGACCAUGCACGAUGUAAAUCAGGAGUCCAUUGUCAGUGCGUGGCUUCAGUUUAGUGAUGGCUCCAUGACCCCUCUUGACCUCUAUAACCCUGCUCAUUUCAUCCUUACGGCCACCUCGCUGGACGACCAGGUGGUGUCGGUGAAGAAAAGCACCAACUGGAGGUGGCCUGUGGUGGUGGCUAAGGGUGAAGGUCAAGGCAUGUUGGUCCGUUUGGAGAUGUACGGACCCGAAUCAUGCCAAAAAAACAAACGGCGCACAGUUCUGGCCGCAGGCAAUGCAAACGUCCAUGUGAAGUUUGGCCGUGAUGACGAAACCGGGAACAGCGCGAGCGACAGGAGAUACAGGCCCAAUGCCCCAUACUACGGCGGUUCUAUCUCAGACAUGGAGGCUGGAAUCAUGAACCGAGGCGCUACCACCAUCAAAACCUCCAUUCCAGGAAAGGCAAGCGGCAACAAGCACUCGGCUGGUGAUAUUCCAGUGGACUUCUCUGAAAUCCCAGCUCAAGCAGACCUUCCACCUGGACGUAACGCAGAGGACGACCUGCUGCAGUCUCGCCACGGGCUUACAGACCUGGAAAUAGGCAUGUACGCCUUGCUAGGUGUCUUCUGCCUGGCCAUCCUGGUAUUCCUAAUCAACUGUGUCUCCUACGCCCUUAAAUAUCACAACAAGCAGCUCCCAUUGGAGGGCCCGGAGACCAUGGCUCACUCCCACGACUGGGUCUGGUUAGGCCAUGACGCAGAGCUGUUGGAAAGCCAGGCUGGUUUGUGUCUGGAUCAAGAGGAGCUGGGCGGCACCAUGGACUCUGGGCUGGGCCUGGAGGAAGGUAGCCAGCUCCUCAAUGGCCUUUCGUCUCAGAAGAGCAUUCAAGGCCAGGUCCACAGGUCGGCCUCUGACUCAGGGUGCGCUGGGAGAGAUCACAAGACCGAGUCCAUAAACUCACCCACUACCAAAAGGAAACGGGUUAAGUUCACCACUUUCAGCCAUAGCAAGCCCAGCAAUGGCUGCCCAUCCAUAAGCCCGCUUCUCAUUGGUCAGAGCGACAUCAAAUGGGUAUGCCCAGACAUCGAGCUCGGGGACUCCAAAGAGCUCCGAAAUUACAUGGAAAGGUUAAACGAAAAUGCUACUAAGAACAUCGCAUAGUGGGCUUGUAGUUAUUUAUGUAUUUUUCAGACAAAAGCGUAGCUCACCCAUAUGCCUUCUAGGUAAGGAGGUGGUGGAGAUGGAGUGGGGGGUGGAUGGGUUGGCCCGACUCCUCUGCACUCAGACAAACUCACAUCUCACCAUGAAAAGACAAGCCAUUCAUCUGGUCUUGUUUCCAUGGCAACUGUCAUGAGGGUUCAUCAUCAGGAACGAAGAAAAACAGAGAUGGUUGUGAAACCUCUGAGGAUGUGAGAACAUUGGAUUAUGACAAAUAUUUCAAUUGAGAUGUCUAUAUUUUCUUUUUUUCAGAGAAGAGGAUUUUCCAUUUCUAUAUUAAAAAUAUAUAUAUAUAUUUGUUUUGUUUUUUCUUCCUUAUUUUAUCACACUGAAAACUGGUUGGUGGUGGUACCUUUUUGUGAGCGAGUAUCUCAAAGAGCUGACAUUUAAACAUAUCAGUUGCUUGCUGGAAACCCGAGCAUUUCCACAAAUUAAACAUUGACUGCCUCUGAUGAGUGAGAAUACAUUUUCUAAGGUUUUCAAUAUUUUUAUACAUCUCUGUUCCUGUCCGUGUUAGUGCGUCUAACUGUAUUUCUCCAAAGACUGACUCCCAUAUGUAAAAGCAUGUGAAUUCAAAGUAUGGACAAAAAAAAAAAAAAGUCUAUUUUGGAACUUUUUCCACCAACCGUUUGAAUGAACAUGUAAAUAACGUGGAAGACAUCUGGGAAAACAGGCAGAUAAAUGACUCUCCAUGUCUCUUCUGUUGAGCAAACUGUAUUGUUGUAGGUAGUGUUAUCAAUAUUAUAUAUGUUGUUUACAGUAUUAGAAUGAUAGAUGGUAUUCACUCGAAAAUGUAUGUGUGCUAUAGGGUUUUGUUUUCUUCUUUCGUUUCUUUUAUUUGCUUAGCUUUUUUUGUUCACUAUGCUUACUUUUUCCCCUUACAGUGACUGCAGUCUUGAACAAGAGAUAUCUAACCUACUGUACCUAAAUGACUGUGUAAUGGUUAGGUUAAAGUGAAUUGGAUUGGAUGAGUUUGAGGGUGCAGUCCUCAGGUAAUGUGAUCGAUGCGGUGCAUACUUCGGUAAGAACACCACUGGACAGUUUUUAUUUGAAUAAACUGAUUAGUCCAACACUCUAUCUAUAUUAGUUUACUAUUUCUAACCAUAAUACAGAAUUGAAUCAAUACUCAUUUACCCUUAACACAAUUUAUUUCCUAAACCAUGCCGACUAAUUCCUCAGCCAGGUGUGUUGGCACCGAUGUCCAUAAAUUAAACUGGAUCAUCCAAAUGUCUUAUUUAAAACUGUAUUAAUUAGCAUACAAUCUAAUUAAGAGUAUAAAUUGAAUUAAGUAAUUAUCUCCACUCUUCCCUGCUUGUCUUGUAUUUUAUGAAACAGAAACAUAUUUUUGAAGACUACAGAAGAAUAAUUGUACAUGAGGAGGUUCAUCCAGUGUUCAAUACUGUCUGGUGUUCACUUGAAAUACACAGUGCCGGUCAGUGGUACUAUCAAGUCAAUACUCUCAAAAAAUAUUUUGCUUAUAUGUGAUCGAUCAUUGUUUAUGUAGUUUUUUUUUUUUUUAUAAUGCAAAACGUCUAAAAACUCAGUUCCAUUUUUUUAUUCAAUUGUAGUGUGUUUUGUAGGCUGAAAAACUCUGCCUAUUACCAUAAACAUCCUGAAAACCAUUUUUUAUGUAUGCAUUCCAUCACUGGGUUUUCUAUUUGCAUAUAAAAUAAAGCAUCACAUCCUGCUUUUCCACUUUUUACCAGUUGAUGGCACUGAAUUCUAACCCCAGUUGGCUCAAAGGGAAUGUUCCGAUUUUGAUGAUCAUUUUCCUUGACAGGCACAU